GCGCUGAACUACGGGAUGGCGGCGGGGGACGUCGGGAUGGUGGUCGUGGCCCCCGCCGCGUCCUUCCACCACACGCACCACCAUCACCACCACCACGACGCCGCAUCCAACCCCGACCCCAUCUUCCCGCUGCUCUCCGCGGGCCCCUGCGUGCUCGAUCCGGACGCGGCCAAGGCGGCGGCCGCCAGCAGCGGCAUCCAGUUCUGGCAGUCCUCCUCCUCGCAGCACCACCAGCAGCAGCAGCAGCCGCCGCAAUCGCCGCCGUCGGGCGGCAACAACCCUAACCCUAGCCUCGGCGCCUUCUACCUGAAGAAGCCGCUCCCGAUGCUCGACACGGGCGGCGCCGGCUCGUCCGGGUCCGGCACCGCCACGUGCCAGGACUGCGGCAACCAGGCCAAGAAGGACUGCAGCCACAGCCGGUGCCGCACCUGCUGCAAGAGCCGCGGCUUCGACUGCUCCACCCACGUCAAGAGCACCUGGGUCCCCGCCGCGCGCCGCCGCGAGCGACAGCACCUCGGAGGCUCCGAAUCAACCCCGGGCGCCACCGCAUCCACCGCCGCCGCAGCCGCUUCGAAGAAGCCUCGCCUCCUCUCCUCCCAGCAGGCGGCCACCUCCCACACCUCCACAUCCAACGCCACCACGCCGCGCAGCUACGACACCACCUCAAGCCAUCAAGACCCGUCGUUCAGGGGGAGCCUGCCGCGCCAGGUGCGCGCGCCGGCGGUCUUCAGGUGCGUGCGCGUCACGUCCGUCGACGACGGCGAGGACGAGUAUGCGUACCAGGCCACGGUCACCAUCAACGGCCACGUCUUCAAGGGCUUCCUCUACGACCAGGGCGUCGACGACGGCCGCGCCAGCAACGACAUCGACUCCACCGCGGGCGUGCCCAGCAUGUCAGACCUGCACCUCGGCGGCGGUGGCAAUGCCGGGAGGGGCGCCGGCGUGCCCUCCUCCUCCAUGGCGCCCUCUGACAUGUACGGCGGCGGAGGAGCUAGUCAUCAGCACAUACUUGGCGGGUCGGGCUAUGGUAACACCAUGAACUGAGAGCUAGUACUACACUACUGCUAGAAGAGUAAGGCUUACAUCCAUCAUUACCAUUCUUUUUCUUCCUUCUUCUCUUCAUUAAUUGCUCGAUCUCACUAGUAGAGGAGAUCGAUCAAUGCAUGGUGUCUGCUGUUAAUUUGUUCAUGCUGUACAAGUAACAUGGAAGAAUCCAUCCUUCUUUAGUCUAGUUCCUGUUAGUACUUCCUUAAUUUUCUAGUGUACGUAGCUGAAAGUAA